UGUAGCCUCCUGAUCAUCAUUGGAAUGGUGGCAGGUCUGACCCACUUAAAACAGUCAAAGGCUAGACCACAUGUAAAUUGUCAUUCAUACAUAGCGAUUGUUUUUCACAAAGACUACACCUACUUCUUCAUGUUUGGUACUGCUGUCGGACAUAAUGUCGGCUUGUGAGGACGUGAGGGAAAACGUAAAGAAGUACUAUGGCAGUCGACUGGAGUCGUCUGGUGAUUUGCAAACAAGCGUAGCCUCCUGCAAUUUGUCCUGCCGCCCAGUGCCAAGGAGUGUCACUGAUGCCCUGAGCCUGGUUCACCCAGAGGUGACCAAAAGAUUCUUCGGUUGUGGCCUUCCCUUUCCAGCGAAGCUUGAGGGCUGCAGAGUCCUGGACCUCGGCAGCGGCUCCGGCAGAGACUGCUACGCCUUCAGUAAACUGGUCGGGCCGAGUGGACAUGUGACAGGCGUCGAUAUGACGGAGGAGCUGAUCACAGCGUCCCGUCAGUACAUUGAGUAUCACCAGAAGAAGUUCAGCCAUGAGAAGCCCAACAUCACUUUUGUCCAGGGGUACAUGGAGAAGCUCAAUGAAGCUGGCGUACAGAGUGACUCAAUGGAUGUUGUGCUAUCCAACUGUGUACUCUGUUUGUGUCCUGAUAAAAGAGCAGUGCUGCAGCAGGCCUACAAUGUCCUAAAGGAGGGGGGUGAAAUGUACUAUAGUGACAUGUAUGCCAGCAAAGUCGUUCCUGACCACAUGAAGGAAGAUGCAGUCCUGUGGGGUGAGGGAAUGGGUGGAUCUCUGUUUUGGCAAGAUCUAAUCUCACUGGCACACAGCGUAGGUUUCAGCACUCCCUGCCUUGUUUCAGCCAGCCAGAUUGCAAUCUACAACUGUGAGCUCAAAGCAAAAGCAGGUGACAUCAGCUAUGCUUCAGGCACUUAUCGACUCUUUAAGCUGCCCAAAGGGUCGGUCCUGUCUGAGGCAACAGUGACCUACAGAGGAACUGUGGCAGAGUUCCCAGAUCAGCUGGACUUUGAUUCCUCGCACUGCUUCAAGAAAGAUGUGGCAGUGGAGGUAAAUGGUGAGAUGGCAGCAAUCCUCCAGAGAUCUCGUUUCUUUUCGGAUUUCAAAAUCCAGAUUUCAGAUCAACCAGAGUCCAGCUCAGCGUCAACACCACAGUACUGCCACCUCAACCCAUUCCUGCUGGCUGACAAACUGGGAUCCUCUGUGACACAAUGCUCCAAAACAAGCAAAUAAAGAUGAGAAUCAAAAUACCUUUAGUAGUCCCACAGAGGGGGGGGGGGGACAAAUAGCCAUCCUUAUUUAAAACAGUAAUAUGUAAGAGUAAUCAUUUGAUGUGUGUCCUCUACUUUCUGUUGUGAUGACAUUGUUUAGUUGUUUGACAAGAUAACACUGUCAAAGUAAUAUUAUAAUAAUUAUGUGUCCAGAUACUAAAGAAAAACAUUUUGUAAUUGUUUUUUUACUUUUCCUAUGAUUUAACCUAUUUGAAUAAAGUCAAAGUAAAUGUACACAAAAAAAGUCAAAUAACAAUAAAAGCAUAAUGACAGUA